AAGCCCUUCGGAUUCUAGGCAUGCAGAAUCUUAGUAGAGAGGUCUGGCUCCAGCUGUACUCUCUCUUUCCAAUCACGGCCUCAGCUCGGUACACAGUCGUGCAGUCUAUCUUUAUAAGUCCAUGCGUUCAAUCAUACGUUCAACAUACACAAGAGAUGAAGGAAAGAUAUGAUACAUAUCCAUAUAAUUGUGAGUAAUACGUUUCUAGAGGGUCGUGCGCACAGAGCACUGAAAUAUAAGCUUAUAAACGUGGAGUGGACAUGCCGAUGUUUUCCUCUGAUCUUUCAGGUCCAAGAUUGCAUUGUGCUUUGCGCAAAAAAAUUAAGACAAAUACAUAUCGCCGUCUCUCUCAAUCGCAUUAGAAGUAUGCUAUCAAGUUAGGACAGGAUGUAAGCUUUCUUUCUCAACCUGUUUGGGACACGUUUGGGACCAUGAGACACCGUGACCGCUCCAUUUAAGCUUUAUGGUCUGGGAGGUUUUUAUAGUUUCUUUUCGCUUUCAUGCUGAUGAAUUUAAUGCGUCACAACUAAUUCGAAAUGCUACAUUCAAAGCGAGACGAAGAUUAUGUUAAUGAUUUUGAAUUCGUAAUGAUUCUCUUCGUAAAUUGAUAUGUGUGAAUCGGCGAAUGAAAAUAUAGUAUGAAGAGAAGAGAUAUAAGAAUUUGAAAAAAUUUGCUGCAGUUGGCUAGCCUGGACGGAAUAAAUACGUAAAUACAAUAUGGCUGGUUGAAGUGAAACGUCGUCAGAGUUUUUCUGUUCGAUAUUUCAUGCUUCACUGAGUGAAAACUCUCUAUUUUAAUAGUUACAACGCGUUUGCAACGUGUGACAAUAGUUUAUUAACAAUUUUGUGCUGAAAAUUGUCAAAAAUUUUAACCUAAUUUAGCAGGAAGUGGUUGGUCAGUCGGUUUGAAGAAAUGUUGUUUUUAUUUUUUAUACCCCAGUUGACAUUCGUCGGAGUUCGCAUAAUAUACCAAUCAAAGAUGUAACGAUUGUUAUGUUAAUAUUUAAGAACUUGUGGUAUCUUGUCAACUCAACCAUGUGUACACGUGUAGUUUUAUCGUGGCAAUGAGGUAGGGCACUACUUGUAUGACAAUGGAGAUGGAUUUGGAUGGCACGAAGUGCGAAGGAGGCGGAGAAAGCAGCCCUGGGUGUUCUGGUUACUCCAGUAUGGUUCACAGUAAAAAAGUUAUCAAACACGCGCUUCGCCAGCAGGCCAAGAGGAGGAGAAAAAACACUACGAUAGCUGCUGGCAACUCUCGCACUCUUCCUAGGAUUGUUGUGAAGCCUCUUCCGCCACCUCCUCCGGAUGAUAUUCCCUUGAAUGUUGCUAAUGUCCCACGAACUCCCACAAUUGUGUCAUCUGUGACUCAAAAUUGUUGGAUUGUUGCUUCUAUGUUGGUUUUCAUAUUUGAUUAUGAAAAUCAUUUAGGUUUUUUUUCCACUUGUAACUAACAGGUCUGCUGAGACUCUUUGGAUAAGCAAUGUGUAAUAUCAAGAAUUGUGGCACACAUAUUGCGCAGGAUAUGCAGAAAGCCGAGGAACCAGCAGCUACAAUGAGGGAAGUGCUGGCAAGUCUACCUGGUUUUAGUUUGAAGUCUAGUCGUAGAAGAUCGACGAAAAGGCUUUCAGCUGCUGCUCAGUUAGAAGCUGGGUUAGUAGAUUUGGAAUCCCCAGCCAGCAUUUUGGCCAGCACCAGUCUUAGGGCUUUACUUAAUCGGUACACCUUCCAGGGACUUCCUCCUCUUUAUCAAAGGAAGCUCGCUCAGCUUUUACCAGCUGUUGAUAGACAGGAUGCUGCAACGUCUGGAUUAAACAAUGAGUUCUUUGCACGUGCCUGCCUUGAGUGGAAAAAACGUCUGGCUGAGGGUGAAUUCACCCCCGAAAAUCAACAGAGACUGAAAAUGGAAGCUGAGAGAGAUAAGAAUAAAUUAGAUCCUUGGAAGCUUAAGCAUUUUGAACCAAUAUGGGGUGAGAAACGAGAACCUAAGUUGAGAUCCGGACCGCACUCUGCAGUGGAACCAAGGCCGAUUGGAGCAGUCACACGUUCAAGUUUGCGAUUGCGCUCAGAAUCUAUACACGAUCAGACAGCACCUGAUCUUUUACCUUGUUCAGCAGCAGUCACAGAAGAAAAAGUGGCGAUAGCAAGUUACGUUUCUAAAGGUCAUAUAAUGGCGUCAAGCUUGACAACGGAAAGUCAAGCAGUGACCCUUAAAUCAACGCAAGAAUGUGAGGAUGAUAAGGAAAUGGUGCCGAGUAAUAGUUGCAAAGAAGUACUAACACAGCAAAAACUAAAUUCAUCCAAUGUUAUAAUUAAGUCUGACCCUGAUCCAUUCAUAGAAGAAACACCUGUCAUUGUCACUAAUGAUGAAACCACGAAGUCAUCGGAACUUCGUGUGUCUGAAACUCCAGGAGAGUUAAUGUUAGAAAUAGCCAAUGGAGUAGCUGCUGAAAUUAUUAACGAAGAAAUACACAAAUCUGAGGAACCAGUUUCCGAUGUACCUGAUGAAGAGAUUUCCCGUCAAUCGGAUAAUCAUGAUUCCGAGAUAUGUAAAAUCGAAAGUAAUGUAACGACAGAGAAUUUGUCAUCUUGUGAUGGUGCCCCUCUAUCAGAACCAAUAUCAGAGAAUCAGUCUAUAAUCAAUAGUCAACCAGAAGUAGAAGAAUCAACUACAACUACAACUGUAGAUGGUGAACCACAGAUUCCAGAAGAGAUGGAGAUAGAUAGUGAAACAUUACAACGCAUACACGAAUUAGAGGUACGUGGUGAAAUGAUAGAAGCUUAUGAAGAGAUAUCAGGUUGCCCAGAAAAUAUUUAUCCUAUUUUGGCGGAUAUAGAAAUUGGUUCAAGUACAGGAGGAGGGGACGACAAUCCUGUGGUACCUGUACAAGGGCCAGUCAAUGCAGCCUCUUGCGAGAUGACCACUGGAAAUGAAGAAGAUGCUUUCAUUGACGCCAAUAAUUAUGUUCUCGAAUCACGAGAGAUUAGUACCGGGAUGCUCGAAUGCAACUGGACCGUUGAUCCCACAGUAAAUAAUGUUGGAGUAACCAGUACACAUGAGGAGCUCCAAGUACCCUGGCCCCUAGUAACCGCAGCCUUAGAUGGUUCCGUUGCAGCAAACAUAACUGUGACGACACAGGAUGACUGCAAUGAUUCAUCGACAUCCAACGAAAUUGAGAGCAUUCCCAAACAAAACAACACAAAGACUAGUAUUGCGGAAGUGAUGAACUCUGUGCAAAUUCCCGUUGACCAAAGCCCUUCCUAUGAAAGAGCUGACACAUUGACUGUUGGUACCCCUGUAACAAGCUGCCUAUUGAACAACAUUCAGUCGAAUAGCCCACCGAUAAUUGCAUUUCCUCCAUUACAGUCAAUCAGAUUUGUACAAACGAAUUUUCACACAGGACAAACAAACUCAAACUCUGUCCCGAUACAGAUUCAAAACCAGCCCAAUCCGUCCCCCCAGCUCAGCGUGGUCAGUACUCAAGAAGAGACUAUUGUUCAAAUAUCGUCGGCAAAUGUUGUUGGACAAACGAAUGUUGCAACUAGCAACGUUCUUCCACGUAAUCAGGCGCAGAGCAACCCUAUAUGUGUUCCGUCCCCGAAUCAAGGUCGAGGUCAAAGUACAAUCGUCGUCCAGCAACAGACGCCAAUUGUUGCGCAACCUCGACAGAUUGUAACUGCUACUGUCCAGCAACAAUAUGCUACAAGUGCCGUUACUGCUCCUUCGCGAUUGGCCCGUUCUACCAGCCAAGGUGGCCCGAGAGGUUCACGAAGCGGCAAUAAGGAACAGGGCGGGGGAAGGUCUAGGAGUUCCACAAAAGAACCCCCUGGUGCCGUAAAUUUGGAACGAAGCUACCAGAUUUGCCAGGCGGUGAUUCAAAGCUCGCCGAAUAGGGAUCAACUCAAGGCUCAUUUGAAACCACCUCCAAGUUUACUAGCCCGUGCUGAUGGAGCUUUCACCACUAGCAAGCCUGGAGGACGUACACUAACCAGUGUCAAAACCCAGAAGGCUCAGCAAGCCGUGCAGCAUGUAAAACAUACGCAGAAUAAGGGUCAAGCAGUGAUGCUUAGACACGUAUUUGCUACCACACGGCAAGCCAUACCUGCAGAGGUGACUGAAAGUGGGGCAGUGGCUCAGCUGGGUCCCAAUGGAACAAAUGGCCUGGGGCAAUACAUCUUGGUACAAAGAACUGGAGUUGGUGACAGUGCACCUCGGGCUUCAUCGGCACCGCCGCUACCCCCCCAAAUAGCUGGAAUGGGAGUGGGACUUCAUCUGGUCAGAGGAAGGCCAGCAAGCGCCGGGGAGGGUUCUCAUCAAGCUGUAACUCUGAAGGCAAGGGGUGCCUCAGAUGGGAGAGGUGGUGGUGGUGCUGAGCCUGGUGCUCCCGGUGUUAUUAUGGGUGGUGAUCCUCCACCACCAUGUGAAUGCAAUAUGAGAGGUGCCAUGGUCAUAUGUCGUCAAUGCGGAGCCUUUUGCCAUGAUGACUGUAUUGGACCUCAACGGAUUUGCGCCACCUGCCUCAUACGUUGAUCGGUGGUUAAUUAUAAAUCAAGUAGCCAGAUAGAUGAAACCCAUAGAUCAAGCUAGAGAGGGCUAGCGUUGGAUAACAAAGCAUGAGAAGGCUGAGCGGCUGUUAGGCUUGACAUAGUUUUCAUAUCUUUGAUUGCCGGAAAUAGGUUUCAACUAUCGUUUCUUUGCUGCUAGCUCAUUUGUUGGUGAAUAUGGUGGUACUGUUUUGAAAAAACUUCCCUUAAUAUGAGAUUUUUGGAAAUUUUUUCACCUCGGCCAGUACCUGUUUAUUAUCCACCCGGUUACCGUUCAUUCAAUAUUCUUACAAGUAGAUGAACAUGGGCGUAGUGGGGACGUUGUUAUGUUUAUUGAAUUGACAUGUACUUGACAUUCAAAAAACUCUACCUUUCUAUGUGAAACCCUCCCAUAACCAUCACUCUAAGGCUGGUGAGUGAUGAAACAAAGUAUAAAUAAGAAAAAUAACGCGUGAAGCGUAAACAAUCAAAGCAACUUGCCAUCAUCCGUGUUAUCUCGUGUAUUUUAUUUCGAUACUUUUAAUGCUACGUACAAUCAGAGGCAUAUCCAGGCCUGGUGAUUUAUUGAGUCCCCAUUACUUUCAGUGUUAAAUAAGGGCUAAAAUUGCAUUGCAGUCCGACACCGUUAUUGUCUUCCACUAACAUCACACGCAAUCGUUCGUGAUAUCGCUAUUUAUUUAUUCCCACAGUUUUCAAUUCAUCACCCACGUUAUUGCAAAGGACAUUCUUAUUGAAAAAAAUGCGAUGAGAUGCGGCAACAGAUUAGCGUAAAACAUACAGUGAAAAGAGAGUUUAAUGAGCUUGACUCAUGUAUUUCGAUACAGUUUAACGCCUUGGAAUCAUUCUGCCGCGUCUCUUCACACGCGAUGUAUUUAGGAAACUCGUUCGUCUAAGGCAUGUCUUAUCGAGUCAUUAACGAGUGACCUAUUUAGCAUUAGCGACAUAUUAAUUAUCAUUAGAGGUAAGAUUUUCAUGUAGAUUAGCUGUGAUCCAAUGCUUAUUGUUAGAUAAAUCUGCGACGGAUGUUCGUUAUAUCGAGUCAACGAACUGGACUGAUCCUGAAAAGCGACGGAACUGACGGCGCGCAAAAAAGGCGUGACUGACUUUACGUCGAAUUCUCACAUUGUACAUAAAACAUGUUUUUUAAUUUUUUUUUAAUCAUAUUUUCAUUAUCUCAUUACGCCAUUAGGUUUGCAGAGCACGAGACUUUACAUUUUAGCGUAUCAGGGAAAAUACAAGACGCGACUCAUCCAUAUUAGAUUGUAAUACAUAAUUGUUUAUUUUUUAUCAUCUUACAAUGAUAAUAUUAUUGUUGUGAUUGCAUAGCACCUACUGUGUACUCCGCUCAAAUGUAAAUAAAAUCAUAUUCGUUUAAAACUUUAAAAAAUGGUCUGAUAUGAUUAACGAAAAUUUUCGACUUCUUUUUCACUCGGUAGAUUUGCAGUAGCAAAUUGCAGACCUUCUGAAGACAAUUAUAAUUAAAUUGUAUAGAAGCCUUGUCAUUCUUUCAUCAUCGAACCAAAUCCAUCCUCUCACAAAUAAUGAUUCAAAAUGUUAAAAAAUAUAAGUUGCAGCAACAGUGAAGAACAAAGCAGAAAGGCAUUACAGCAAAUGUUGACUACAACUCGUAGUACGGAUGACUGUCAACUGAUGAAGCGACGCUUCUUUUCAAUUUUUGUG